AAAAAAGAAAGAAAACCAAGAAAGAUUUCAAACUGGAAUAAGUAGAUUAUUCAGAAAUCAAGGAUUCAUUACAUGAAAAGUGAAGGGAGAUUAUUUUUCAUUCAGUAAAAGAGAGAAAUAUCUGGAAGUCAGUUGGAGGAAAAGGUGAGUAGGAAAGUCACGUAGAGCAGAGAGUCAUACAGGCCUCACACUGUGAGGAAGAGAACGACUUGAAUGAAAGCACCACUAAACAAGGGAUUAUCCAUAUUUUUGACUUCUUCAAGAAUAUCAGCUGUGGAAAAGCUCCAUAAUUGUGUCUAUUGUUAGAAAAGCGUAGAUUGCAAAUAACAACUGAUUAUGCACAAGAGGAGCCACACAGCAGAAAAGCCAUACAAAUCAUCUGAUUGUGGCAAAAGCUUUAGUCAAAACAGCUCCCUUGUGGUUCAUGGAAAGACCCACACAAGAGAAAAGCCAUAAAAGCACUCCUGGUGCAGUAAAUGCUUUAGUGAGCAUGGCAACGUGGUGAUACAUCAGAGGAUUCACAGCAGAGAGAAAACGUAUGACUACUGAUUGUGCGAAAGUUUCAUUACAAAUUCCCAUGUCAUGAGGCACCAGAGGACUCACACAGGAGAGAAACCCUUUGAAUGUCCUGAUUGUGGGAAAAGUUUCAGUAAGAAUUCCUGCCUUGUGAGACACCAGAGGACUCACACAGGAGAGAAAUCCUUCGAAUGUCCUGAUUGUGGGAAAAGUUUCAGUGAGAAUUCCUGCCUUGUGAGACACCAGAGGACUCACACAGGAGAGAAACCGUUUGAAUGUGCUAUCUGUGGGAAAAGUUUCAUUUGCAAUUCCCACCUGGUGACACACCAGAGGACUCACACAGGAGAAAAACCCUUUGAAUGUCCUGAGUGUGGGAAAGGUUUCAGUCAGAAUUCCCACCUGGUGACACACCAGAGGACUCAUACAGGAGAAAAACCCUUUAACUGUCCUGAUUGUGGGAAACAUUUCAGUGAUAAGUCCAGCAUUGUGAUACACCAGAGGACUCACACAGGAGAGAAACCCUUUGAAUGUCCUGAUUGUGGGAAAAGUUUCGGUCGCAAUUCCUACCUGGUGACACACCAGAGGAUUCACACAGGAGAGAAACCCUUUGAAUGUCCUGAUUGUGGGAAAGGUUUCUUUGAGAAUUCCAGCCUUGUGAAACACCAGAGGACUCACACAGGAGAGAAACCGUAUGAAUGUCCUGAUUGUGGGAAAAGAUUCAGUGUGAAUUCCAGCCUUGUGAAACACCAGAGGACUCACACAGGAGAGAAACCCUUUGAAUGUCCUGAUUGUGGGAAAGGUUUCAGUGAGAAUUCCAGCGUUGUGAAACACCAGAGGACUCACACAGGAGAGAAGCCCUUUAAAUGUCCUGAUUGUGGAAGAAAUUUCAGUCAGAAUUCCAGCCUUGUGAUACACCAGAGGACUCACACAGGAGAGAAACCAUUUGAAUGUCUUGAUUGUGGGAAAUGUUUCAGUCAGAAUUCCAACCUUUUGAAACACCAGAGGACUCAUACAGGAGAGAAACCCUUUCAAUGUCCUGAUUGUGGGAAAAGCUUCAGUGAGAAUUCCAGCCUUGUGAAACACCAAAGGACUCACACAGAAGAGAAACCCUUUGAAUGUCCUGAUUGUGGGAAAAGUUUCAAUCACAAGUGCAACCUGGUGGCACACCAGAGGACUCACACAGGAGAGAAACCCUUUGAAUGUCCUGAUUGUGGGAAACGUUUCAGUGAUUAUUCCACCCUUGUGAUACACCAGAAGAUUCACACAGGAGACAAACCCUUUGAAUGUGCUCUCUGUGGGAAAAGUUUCAUUCGCAAUUCCCACCUGGUGAUACACCAGAGGACUCACACAGGAGAGAAACCCUUUGAAUGUGCUAUCUGUGGGAAACGUUUCUGUGGGAAUUCCAGCCUUGUGAAACACCAGAGGACUCACACAGUGGAGAAAUCUUUCAAAUGUCCAGAUUGUUGGAAAAGUUUCAGUCAUAAGUCCAACCUGGUGAAACACCAGAGGACUCACACGGGAGAAAAACUUUUCAAAUAUCCAAUCUGUGGACGUUACUUCACUGAUAAAUCAUCCUUUAUUGUACAUGAGGAAAACUACAAGAGGCAAAAGUUGAAGAGUUUAGAAAAGGCAUAA